AUGACAGUCCAAACGAACGACAUUCCCAAGCCCAUACACGAAAGCACUAUCAAAGAUGGUGUCCUGCGGUGGCCUUCAACCGGUUUGGAGGUCCUCGUCGUGGGCGGCGGACCUGCGGGCUACCUUACGGCCCUUGAAUGUUGGAGAAAGGGCCACAACGUCAGCCUGCUGGAGAAAAGCAAUGGAAACUCGACCAUUGGCGACGUGGUGUUCAUCGGUCCUUCAGCAUGGCCAACCCUGAAGAACUAUCCGGCCAUGCUGAAUGAGUACCAAGACAUCUCGUGGGACAACUACUGCACUUUCCGCAGACUCGACGGGAGUCUCAUCGUGCCUCCUCAAGAGUUCGAGUACAACCGAUCCGACGUUCCUCAUCAUGCUGCCUGGCCGCUGAGGGUGCGAUCCAUGGUCAGCCGACCAGGGCUGGCCGAGAUGCUCUACCAGCAGUGCCAACGGCUCGGCAUCCCAGUGACUUUCGGCGUGAGCAUCGUCGAUUACACUGAGAACGCCGAUGAGGGCUCAGCGACUGCUGUUUCUGACGACGGCCGUCGGUUCACCGCCGACGUCGUUGUUGCUGCGGAUGGCUUGGGUACGAAGUCUCACAAGGCAGUCAUGGGAGAAGUCAUCCGGGCUGUGCCGACGGGUUUCGUGAUCUGCCGCAUCUUUUAUCGCCUGGAUCCAGUCAAAAAUGCAGAACUUUACGAGAAGCUCGCUGGUCAAUCGCGUCCUGAUAUGCGCGCUUACUCGGGUGACCAUUUCCACUGCAUCGUGAGCGCCGGUAGCGACAGUAUUGUCGUCGGCAUCACCCUUCCAGACGACGGCACUGCCCAAGAGUCCUGGUCCGAGACCAUCACUAGUGAGGAUUUCGUCAGCAGGUUCCCAAACGCUGGCGAAACCGGAGCCUGGGACCCUUUGAUACUCGAAGCCAUCCGCAACAUCCCCGAAGACUGCAUCGUGAAAUGGCAGCUGUGCUGGCGCGACCCGCAGUCCAGAUGGACGUCGCCUGGAGGACGCAUCGUUCAGCUGGGAGACAGCGCACACGCCUUCAUACCGAGCUCGGCUUCCGGCGCUACCACGGCACUGGAAGACGCCCAAUCUCUAGCCGAAUGUCUCCGACUUGCUGGAAAAGCAGAUGCUCACGUCGGAACCAAGAUUCAUGAACUUCUUCGCCUCCGACGCGCUUCGGUGUUGCAGCGUCUUGGGUUUGCGAACAGAACCGAGAUGCACCGCGCUGGGGGGAUGGAAGAGGUCAUGAAGCAUACGCCUUCAGGAGGACCUAUGGGUCUCGGCAAAUGGAUCUGGACUCACAACGCCGAGGCGUAUGCCACAGAGAAGUUCAACGAAGCGCGAGAACACUUGAAGAACGAUGCGCCAUUCGAACAUUCAAACCUUCCGGUCGGGUUUAAGUGGGAGUCUUGGACCAUGCAGGACGAGCUCGAGAAGGUGAAGCAGGGCAUUCAUACACCUGACUUAAAGCUGAACGGAGACUGGGGCAUUUACUAG